AUGGGAUUCUUCAGCAGCACCCCAGAGGAGAAGGAGGAGAAGCUCUUGCACAAAGAACAGAAGAACGACGAAAAGGCCGUCAAACAAGCUCUCAAAGACCUGGAGAGAGCGCACAAAGCCCACCGCAAGGCGGAGAAGGCGGAACACGAUGCCAACGAGGACCAUCAGAAGGCCAUUCGCCGGGAGGAGAAGCUCGCCGCCGAACUCAUCAAGUUGCAGAACGAGCAUGAGAGCUCUGUCAAGGCCAAAGAUACGUUGGCCAAGGAAGUCAUUGCCAAGCAGGACGAACUUGUCCGCCUAGGAGGAGAAGUUACGCGUGCCCAGACCAUACUGGAGGAGACACAGGGCAGAGCGCGCGAGAAUACCGAGCGGCGGGAGAAAAAGCUUGCCCAGCUUGCCGGGGCUGGUGCGGUGGCAGGCGCCGGUGUGGCGACGGCUGCGGCUGCGGCGGGCUCGAAACCCGCCUCGCCAGCCGGCACCUCGCCUUCUCCCUUGUCGGCCUCUAGCGAGGACAAGGCAGCGCUUGCUGCCCCCGCUGUCGCCGCCGGUACUGCUGGUGCAGUUGCACCAAACCUCCCCUCGCGCCCGAUCGACACCAACGUACCAAACGCGGCCGCGAUGCCCUCGGCGGCGUCACAGAGCCCGAGCGGACAGUUUGCCGCACCACCUCGACACCCAGUUGCUGACGCGGCAGCACCGCACAUGACCUCGCCCACGUCGCCACAGGCGCCACCCCAGCUCCCACCCAGACAAGGCACGACUGACACGUUCGCGACGGCGCAGACUGGGGCGAGUGCGACUAGCGUCACUGCGCCCCAACUCCCCAAUUCCGUGGUCCCGCAGCAGGUGGAGCAGGUGCCGCAGGUGCCGCAGGUGCCGCAGAUGGAGGCGCUAAGCCUCUCCGAUGCGCCAGCACAGGCGCAUCCCAUCAGCCUCAACCCGAACGUGCCCGGUCAGUGGCCGUAG